GACCUGGUAAGCCUGGUUAUGUAAGAAGUAUUUCUGAAAUAGCUCCAUGAUGUUGUACCAAAUGGCUGUACUAUAUGCACCUCGCAUGCGCGCUGAUAGCUAUCGGCGUCGUGACAUUCGCGACGCGAGCGUGUCUGUAUACCCUAGCCAACCCCAAAUUCCCGCGCAAACUUCAUUUUUUUUUGCGUUACUUCCAACCCCGACAACGACAUACCAAACAACGGUCCGUACCCGAACCAAAUGUAGCUAG